AUGGGUUAUAUAUGUGACUUCUGUGGAGAUCAGAGGUCCAUGGUGUACUGCCGUUCUGAUGCUGCAUGUCUAUGUUUGUCAUGUGAUCGGAAUGUUCAUUCUGCUAAUGCUCUUUCUAAGCGCCAUUCUAGAAACCUUUUAUGUGAGAGAUGUAAUGCACAACCUGCUCAUGUACGGUGUUCUGAAGAGAGGAUUACGCUAUGUCAGAACUGUGAUUGGUUAGGUCAUGGUCCCACUACAUCUUAUUCAACACAUAAGAGGCCAACGGUCAAUUGCUACUCUGGCUGUCCUUCAGCAGAAGAAUUUUCUUCAAUAUGGCCAUUUGUCUUGGAUAUCCCCUCUAUGCGUGAAACUACCUGUGAGCAGGAACUAGGUUUGAUGACCAUUAAUGAGAACAGCAACAAGAGUGCCUGUGUUCCUCCAGAAAGCCAGAAUUUAUCUGGUUCUGCUCAAGUAACUGAUUUGCAAAGCUUUGACAAGUCUUGGGUUGGUGCCUCUGCCAUACCUGAGUCAAGCUCAGAACGUCGUAUUCUAGGGCCAUCAACUGGACCUACCAAGGAGUGUUUGCCCAAGUUAUAUUGUCCCAGUACAAAAGAUCCUGUGCCAUAUGAAAAUGAAGAUGAUGAUUUGUAUGGUGAUUUUGACAUGGAUGAAGUGGAUCUGAGUCUCGAGAACUAUGAGGAACUUUUUGGUAUGACUAUUAGUCAUUCUGAAGAACUCUUUGAAAAUGGUGGAAUUGAUAGCUUGUUUGGGACAAAGGAUGCGUCUGCUGCUGAUUCCAAUUGUCAGGGAUCUAUUGCUGUUGAGGGUUCAUCGGCUGGACUGGUCAACGCGGUGCAACCAGCAUACAGCAAUGCAGCAUCUGCAGAUUCUACUGUGAGCGCCAAAACUGAACCGAUUCUUUGUUUUGCGGGAAAGCAAGGGCAAUCGAAUCUCUCUUUUUCUGGGGUCAAUGGAGAGAGUGGUGCUGGAGAUUAUCAAGACUGUGGUGCCUCUUCAAUGCUUCUCAUGGGGGAGCCUCCUUGGUGUCCUCCUUGUCCUGAGAAUUCAGUACAAUCUGCCAACCGCAGCGAUGCUGUCAUGCGUUAUAAGGAAAAGAAGAAGACACGCAAGUUUGACAAGAAAGUGAGGUAUGCCUCUCGCAAGGCUAGAGCCGAUGUCCGAAAGCGCGUGAAGGGCCGGUUUGUCAAAGCUGGGGAAGCUUAUGAUUAUGACCCUUUGAGCCCGACCAGAAGCUACUGAGUGUACAACUUUUAACUAUCCUCUAUAAAAGGAAAGAACAAUCAUAUAGCUGCAAAACAAAAAUGUUAUCCUUACCUCAGAAAUCAAACACAAUAUCUGAUGCAUUGUUCUUAGACCGUUCAAUGACAAACUAUCUGGUUUGAUCACAGGACCUAGACUUCUCUUCGAGGGAAAAAAGGAACAUAAACGAGGUGGUCCGAUGCUUCCAGACAUGUAAGCUCCGGAGCGGACUCGGUGACUGUUCUUCACUCUUGAAGGGUAUGCAAGAUGUAAUGUGAACUCACAAUAUCAUAUGCACUGCACACCUCAUAGGCAAUAGGUUCUUAUUGCCUCUCUGUUUUAACUCCACAAAUCACGCCAAAAAAAAGCAAAAAAGAAUCCUCCUUCUUCAGCCUUAGUCACCCCCCGGGUUUGUCGACACAUUCUAUUUCUAUUCUUCUCUGGUGUAGUCAUAAUGUUAUAGACAAGCCUGCCUGUGGCAUUAUACUAUAAGUAGCUCUACUUGGUAGUUGUAGACAAGCUACAAGGUUGUAAGUUGUAAUGUUAUUUUUGGUUCCUUUUUUUGCUUUGAUCUGUACAGCAGAUUAUGCAGUUGAGGUAUAAUUGCAGAACAGGGGCUGGGGUUGGAGAAACUGUAAAUUCAGUGGACAUGUAUAGAGUAGGAUGAGAUGCUACAUCAUAUGCUUAUAACAUGGAACAUGGAACAUGGAACAGUCUACAGAAGACUUGUACUGAAUAACUAAUAAAUAUGGGAAUAAUCUACAUUAUUUAUGACUUUUAAA